CGCGCCGCGCCGAGCUCACUUCCGGCGGCGGCGGCGGCGCUGCGGUAGCCGGUGGCGGCGGCUGCAGAGCGCGCGGCCCCGCGGCGCAGCGAGACCCGGAGCAGGCCCCGCCGCCAUGGCCUCGUUGCUCAAGGUGGACCCGGAGGUGAAGCUCAAGGUCGAUUCCUUCAGGGAGCGGAUCACGAGCGAGGCUGAAGAUCUGGUGGCAAACUUUUUCCCAAAGAAGCUGUUAGAACUCGAUGGGUUCCUCAAAGAGCCCAUCCUGAAUAUUCAUGAUCUCACCCAGAUCCAUUCGGACAUGAACCUCCCAGUGCCUGACCCGAUUCUUCUCACGAACAGCCACGACGGACUGGACGGGCCAAAUAUGAAAAAGAGGAAGCUGGAAGACCGCGAAGAGACCUUUCAGGGUACCAAAGUGUUUGUGAUGCCCAACGGGAUGCUGAAGAGCAACCAGCAGCUGGUGGACAUCAUUGAGAAAGUGAAACCGGAGAUCAGGCUGCUCAUCGAGAAGUGUAACACGGUCAAAAUGUGGGUGCAGCUUCUCAUCCCCAGGAUAGAAGAUGGAAACAACUUCGGUGUUUCUAUUCAGGAGGAAACAGUUGCUGAGCUUCGAACCGUGGAGAGUGAGGCAGCAUCCUACCUGGACCAGAUUUCUAGAUAUUAUAUCACAAGAGCAAAGUUGGUUUCCAAAAUAGCUAAGUACCCUCACGUGGAGGACUACCGCCGCACCGUGACGGAGAUCGACGAGAAGGAGUACAUUAGUCUGCGCCUGAUCAUUUCAGAGCUGAGGAAUCAAUAUGUCACUUUGCAUGACAUGAUCCUUAAAAACAUUGAGAAGAUCAAGAGGCCUCGGAGCAGCAAUGCUGAGACCCUCUAUUAAGUGUCAACGUUUGAACUUGAGAACUGUUCAGUCAACUAAAGACCGUCAUUGCCUUGGUUUGUUACGUGACUAUCGAGAUGGGAAACUGGCUGGAAAUAGUAUUGCAUUCUUAGUUAAAAUCUAAAGAAAUUCUCGCCUAGUUUUGUGAUUGGUUUUAUUCAGGUCUCAGGAGCUCUCCCUCCCUCUAGUAACUGGUAACGAAACGGCCUUGCUGCUUUGGGAUGCCCUUGAGGCUACUGCAGAGUGAGAGCACCAGCCAGGCAGGACCAUUCCUUCAUGCCUUUCUUCCUACCUUAGUAGGAACUACAGUAGAGACCAAGCCCGUGUCCUGUCCCGUCUUUGGCUGGAGGCUUCCCUGGGGUCUCUGGGAGCGGGGCAGGCCAGUGUGAGCCCCAGCCCGGGUGGCGGUGCGGUGGCUGGAAGCCAGCUCUCGUCCCUGCUGGCUGCAGCUCAGCCCCUCUGCCAAUGCUCUGCACUGACUUAAUUGCAACGACAGGGGACCCGGUGGCCACAGCCACGUUCCAGCACCACCGCGAGGUCUGUAAUCAUUUCCUGGCGUUCUUCUGACUCGGUAGAGCCAGCCUCGUCUGUCUCUGCCUCGUCAGAUCUGCUCAGGUGAGUGCAGAGCUCGAGGCGGUGCCUGUCACCGGGGCUGGUUGCUCUACUGGCUGGUUGCGAGCUCAGGUGGCUUCUGCUGCUGUUGGCAACUUGACUAGAGCCACUUCUACGGCCAAAACCAACGUUACUCCACACGUGUCCUAGCAUCCCUUCAGCACGAGGUGCUUUUUGCCCAGGCUGAGAGAAGGGAGGGGCCGGAGGUCUGAUACCUAACCCACGGCAGUCUCCACGCGUGGUCAGACUGCGACCCGCUGUCUCCUGGCAGUGCUUCCCACGGAGCAGGCCAGCCCCGACGGCUGGUGCUUGGGGUGAGGACGGCCGAUUCCCACCCGGUACCGCUGCAAACCUUUUAGUCUUUCCCCUGCAAAAGGGCACCCUUGCGUGCCUGGCGACUCUAAGCCACUGGAACGUUUCAUGGUCCAUUACAAACCCCUUUGGAAAUGACUGGUUGUGUUGCGUCAGUUUUUGUGUGUGGGAAGUGGUCCCAUAACGCUGCAGGCUCCAAAAUUUUCUUAUUUAUAGUAUUUCUACUUCAGUCCCGCAUUCAGGGAACGUUAAAUCAUUUGUUUCUGGAACCUCGCUGUUUCCCGGGUCUCGCUGUUACACCCGUAUAUUAUUGUGCAGUAGCCUUACUAGUUGUGUUAACUUCAGUGUAACAACAGUGACAAAUGGAAUGAACUUUCUCCCCAACCCCCCCCUUUUUUUUUUUAACUUCGUUUUUGUUUCCUCCGCUUCCACAUCUAAGAGCCAUGUUGUCUCUUGCUGGUUUCCCAGGGAUUUGCCCAGAGUGUGGAGGGCCGCUGGCCCUUUCUAUAGACUCUUCUGUUGUUGUUUGUAGUAAGUCCACUCUUAGUCUUCCCACUAAUAAAUAUUCAGUAACAAACCAACUGCGUUCUAGCUGCUGUCUGGGAGCAGCACUUCCCCUUGUGUUUCUUUGUAUCGAUUCCUUUUAAUUUGUCGGGCUCUCUUUGCCAGAUGAAAGUAUGUAAACUUUUACCAUGUCAAGAAAUUAAAAUGAGGUACUUUGAAUUCUUUUAA